AUGACGGAGUCUCGAAAAAGAGAACACUCGGACUUAGCUGCCCCACGUGAGACGAAGAAGUACAUCCGAGACUUUGGAGUUUUUGACGAAACAACUUCGGACGGUGUUCUUGUCGCCAGCGGAAGGAAGUUCCAUGUCAGCAAGCAUCACCUUGCCUCUCACUCCGACUUCUUCAAGUCGAUGUUCUUCAAAGAGUUCGAUGAGUCCACCAAAGAUGAGAUCGUGCUGGAAAAUGUGGAAGCGGAAGAACUUCAGAAGUUUCUGGAGACAAUCAAUGGAGAGCUCUGCAUUGACGUGCUCCGUCUCUCCGACAUGUGGUGUGCCACGACUCCGAUGAAUGCGUGCGAACGCUUCCUGAUGCGAGACUCUAAGAAAUCGAGGAAGGACAUCUUCUCGAUUGCUCGCGGUUACAAUUUGCAGAAAUUGAAAGAUGACCUCAUCUCCAAGGCCAACAACCACGCAGAGCUUCAGUCGAUUCUCCCGAAUGAUGUGAUGAGUCUGGACCACGCCACAAUGGGAGCCAUCUUGAAAAAAUUCUCGGCUCUUACUACCUCUCACAGCAGAAAUCAGCAUGCAGCCGAUGCACCAGCUGCUCUGAAUGCUCAACAAAAUUAA